AUGUAUACCUCUGAGGGAGCCCCUGAUUUUGUUGCUGACCAGGGCAUGUAUUACCCCGUCGAUGCCAGUUAUGGCUAUUAUUGUACAGGUUAUGAGACACCCAGUGAUUGGGAGAACCAUCAGAUGUUUUUUGGUGUAGAUGGUUCAGAAGUCCAAUACACGGGUGGGCAGAAUGAAAUUUCUCCCUAUGUAUGCUACACUCCUAGUUAUGGAUAUGCACAGUCUCCUUACAAUCCAUUCAAUCCUUACAUACCUGGCGCUUCAAUAGCCGCUGAUUCUCCUUUCGUUGCUUCCCAACAAUUCUACUCUAUUCCUCCUUACCAGAAUGUCGCAUCGUCUCCUACGUUUGUUCCAUAUGCAAUUCAACCUGAUAUCGUCUCGACUAGCUCAGCAAACUCUUUGGUGGAGACCGGUUCGGCUAAUAGAGGUCGAUCUGACGGGAGAGGAUCCAAGCAUAGAAAUGCUUCAGCAACCGAUGGUCUCCAAAGGAAUGCUCCAAAACUCCCUGCAGCAAACUCUGCUAGCAGAUCUUCUGAGAAGCCAAGGCCUAACCCUGCACAAAACAAACAACUUGGAACGGACAGUAGUGUGUCUACUGGAUUUUCUACCCUUCAGGGAAGAGCUACGUCUAUUAGUUCUCAACACGAUGUUGUCUCCAGUAGCAGAGUGUCAUCUUCUGGGAAAUCAGACGUUGCUCCACCUGAACGUAAUGGUCUUUCUUCCGUUUUAACAAACAAUACCAAUCUUCGUCCCAAGCUGUACGGUGGUGGGCAUGCAAACGUAAGUUCACAUACAGGCGGUGAACAAUACCGAGGGACAAGAUCGAAAGGGUCGAGAAAUCAACUAGUUGUUAAAGCUUACACUACAAAAGCUGGAAACCCUGAUGCAGAAGGGAAUAUUGUGAUCGAUCCUAAUCAGUAUAACAAAGAAGAUCUCCGAAUCGAUUACAGCCAUGCCAAGUGUUUUGUGAUUAAGUCUUAUAGUGAAGAUGAUGUUCACAAGAGCAUCAAAUACAAUGUUUGGUCGUCGACUUUGCAUGGGAACAAGAAACUUCAGAGUGUUUAUGAAGAUGCUCAGAGAAUAGCCACCGAGAAAUCGUGUGAAUGCCCGAUAUUCUUAUUCUUUUCUGUCAAUGCGAGUGGUUUGUUCUGUGGCAUGGCUGAGAUGACCGGUCCAGUCUCUUUCGACAGAGACAUGGAUUUCUGGCAGCAAGACAAAUGGAGCGGAAGCUUUCCUGUCAAAUGGCACAUCAUUAAAGAUAUUCCCAACAGCUAUUUCAGGCACAUCAUACUACAGAACAAUGAGAAUAAGCCAGUCACCAACAGUCGAGACACACAAGAGAUAAUGCUGAAACAAGGUCUAGAGGUGCUGAAGAUAUUCAAAAACCAUUCGGAAAGGACUUCUUUACUAGAUGAUUUCGUGUACUACGAAAACCGCCAGAGAGUCAUGCAUGAUGAGAGGAACAGACUGCCGUACCGAACCUUCCUUAGACCUUUACCAUUACACAAACCAGAAUUUUCUGAUAGCAACAAGAAAUCCUCUAUGGAAACCUCCAAGAUACCUUCACAAACCUCUGCAGAGUCCGAGGAGGUUUCUUCAAAGCCAGAUGGGAACUUAAAGGAACGUAACGAAGAAGAUACUACUUCUGUUGACAAGAAGCUGAGCUCUCUCACCAUUAACCCGACUGGUACAGACUCUGAGCAAACCUCUGGUUCUCACCUUAACCAGAGUCAAGCCAAGACCAAACCGGCUCCCUCUGUCUCUGACCAGAAGACGGUCCCUUCUGAGGUGGUUGAUGCUUCUCUUUCUGAUGACAAUGACAUUGUCAAAGUAGGAUCAGUGCCAAUAAAAGUUACCGGCUCUCCUCCAAUUGCUACAGUCGGCACCAUUCCUCCAAACCCGGGUUCACUUCAGAAGUAA